AUGUAUGUACAAUCAAAUACCACCCUAAAAAUACCAAGAAUCGCUUUCACCAUUCCUAAAAUAUGUUCCCUUGUAUACGUGUUAUUCGAUAUCACGAUCACAUCAUUCACUUCAGGCGGCCAAAUUUCUUCAUACUUACAAGCAAUCAACAUUACACUGAUGCCAACCAACUUAAGUUCUCUUCGGGGAACUGUUCGCAUUGAGAGGUAUCAGUCAAUCAUUGACCGUGAGGAUCAGCCCUCAUCAGCCCCUGUUCCGUCACGAGAGAGAGAGAGAGUUUUUGGAAAUCUUGGUGAAGUUGAUAAGGAAUCACAGAAGAUGUACGUGAAGGCGACACCGACGACGGAUCUGAACAGAAACACCGACUGGUUCACGUACCCAGGAGUAUGGACAACCUACAUCUUCAUCUUGUUCUUUUCAUGGCUUCUCAUUCUCUCCGUUUCUGGUUGCACCCCUGGCAUGGCUUGGACCAUUGUUAAUCUCUCCCACUUCCUCGUCACUUAUCACUUUUUCCAUUGGAUGAAAGGGACUCCAUUUGCAGAAGACCAAGGGAUUUACAACAGGCUGACAUGGUGGGAACAGAUCGACAAUGGAAAACAGCUCACUAGAAACAGAAAGUUUUUAACAGUCGUUCCUGUUGUUCUGUAUUUGAUAGCUUCACACACAACAGAUUACCAACACCCAAUGCUGUUUUUAAACACAGUUGCUGUGAUUGUGCUUGUUGUUGCCAAGUUCCCUAAUAUGCAUAAACAACCGGAACCGAGACUCCGAGAGUCGAUGUAG